AUGGCUCGUUUUUUUGAGACUGAAGAGCACCUUGCUUUGUUGGAUGUCAAGAAUGAAAGUAGUUUGAAGUUGAUGAUGGAGGACGAGGCGCGCGUGAGCGCUCUGCAGUUGUACGCGGAGGGUCUUACUGUAGACGCGAGUCGGUCUUUGAUGACGGCGGAAGAGUGGACCAAGUUAUGCGCGUUGUAUGAACACACGGGUGUGUCUGCGAAGUUAGAGGCGAUGUUCAAGGGUGAUAAGGUGAAUUUUACGGAGAAGCGUGCGGUAGGUCAUGCCGCGCUGCGCCAAGGCACCCCGGAUAACAAAUUUGUGGUUGACGGGCACGAUUACGCACCUGAUGUGGCGGAGGUGAAGGGCCGUAUUUACAAGUUUGCGGAGUCUGUACGUGAGGGUAAGUACGUCGGGUUUACGGGUAAAAAAUUGGAUACAGUGGUCUGCAUUGGUAUCGGUGGUAGUUAUUUGGGCAUCGAAUUUGUUCAUGAGGCGCUGAGGACCUACGUUCCUACGUCCGGCCAGGAUCCGGCUACGGGCCGGAAGUUGCGUUUCUUGGCCAACGUCGACCCGAUCGAUUCCAGACGGGCUCUAGAGGGUCUGUGUGCUGAGACUACGUUGGUGGUUGUAGCAUCGAAGACGUUCACCACUGCGGAGACGAUGCUUAAUGCCAAGACCGUGCGGGAAUGGGUACUGGACCAUUACAAGUACACGUCGAAGGAUGAAGCGGGCGUGAUUGGAAAGCAUUUCUGCGCAGUCUCAACGAACAUUCCCGCGUGCAAGGCCUUUGGCAUCAAGGAAGAAAAUAUCUUCGGUUUCUGGGACUGGGUUGGAGGGCGCUUCUCCGUGUGCUCGUCUGUAGGACUAGUACCCCUUAGUCUACAGUACGGCGAACAGGUCGUGGAAGAGUUUCUGGGUGGUUGUCGCGCUAUUGACCAGCACGUGUACUCCAACCGGGAUAAGCCUCAGACCAACUUGGCGGCGUUGAUGGCGUUGGUUUCUUUCUACAAUGCCAGCUACAAGAACUUGGACUGCGUGGCCAUUCUGCCCUACUGCCAGUCACUGCUUCGGUUCCCCGCUCACAUUCAACAACUGUUGAUGGAAUCCAACGGUAAGAAGGCGGUAGUUGCCGCAGAAGGCUAUGAGGCCUACCCGGGUGCCACCACGGAACGGUACUCGGGAGAAAUCUACUUCGGCGAACCGGGAACUAACGGCCAACAUUCAUUCUACCAAUUGGUGCAUCAAGGACGUGUUGUUCCCUGCGAAUUUAUUGGUUUCACUCAGAGCCAGAAUCCCGUGCACAUUAAGGACUGCCCGAUCUCCCACGAUGAGCUCAUGAGCAACUUCUUCGCACAACCUGAUGCCCUGGCUCUUGGCAAGACACGCGAACAACUUCAACAAGAAAAUUGCCCCGAAGAACUUAUUCCCCACAAGACCUUCUCAGGCAACCGACCCUCAGUCUGCCUUCUCUUCGACGGCGCACUCACCCCCGCUGCCGUAGGCAAACUACUCGCACUUUACGAGCACCGCGUCGCCGUAGAAGGCUUCCUCUGGGGCAUCAACUCGUUCGACCAAUGGGGCGUUGAACUCGGCAAAGUACUUGCCAAAAAUGUCGGAGCCGUCCUCAAACAGAUCCGCGAAGGAGUGCCCCAAGAAAAAGCACAGAGCAACGCCAACCUUCCCCUCCCAACUCGUAAAUUGCUUGAGAGGUAUGUUGCUAACUAA